GCUACGCGCAUCUCCUCAUUCCUCGCUCGCUACUCGCGCCCAACGCACGUCCCGCGUUUGUGUUUGUUCCAACCCAGUGUUCGUGUUCAGUGAUAGUCACAAUGAAAGCGAUAACAGCAGUGUGCGCGACCGGCGCCUCCGUCCCGGCAAUCGCCAGCGGCCGAGUGCAGCGGCACCGCGACGGCGAGAAUGCCGAGAUCCAGAUGUACCUCUCCAAGCUGCAGGAUCUGGUGCCCUUCAUGCCCAAGAACAGAAAGAUCUCCAAGUUGGAGGUGAUCCAGCACGUGAUCGACUACAUCUGCGACCUUCAGUCGGCGCUGGAGAACCACCCCGCCAUGGAGCAGUUCGACGCAGAGGGCGCUUUGGCGGCUCCGCCGUGCGCCGCGGCGCCGCAGCCUCGCGCGCACCGGCGCCCGCUCGGCCCCGCGCCGCCCAACACCUUCCUGCGCCAGACAACCCCUAGCCAGGAGCACAGAAAUCAAAUUCCUUAG